AUGCCGGGCGCGCCGAUGGCAGAGAGUCCCAGCUCGUCCUCUGCCGCCUGGUGUGUGUUCUAUGGUGCUGGGAUCAUUUGCACGCUGGUAGUUUACGGCAUCCUCCAGGAGGGCAUCAUGACGGUAGCUUACGAUGGAACCCUCUUCAGAUAUUCCGUCUUCCUCGUUCUUUGCAAUCGCUUGGCAGCGGUGGCCUUUGCAGUUGCCAUGGCAAUGGCGAAGGGCGAGUCUAUGAAGAACGAGGCCCCACUGUGGAAAUACCUCGUCGUGUCCCUCUCCAACGUGUACGCCAGCUCUUGCCAGUACGAGGCACUGAAGUAUGUCUCCUUCGCAGUGCAGAUGUUGGGAAAGAGCUUCAAGAUGAUGCCGGUCAUGAUCUGGGGCAUGAUCAUCUCCGGCAAGUCAUACAGUGCACGCGAUUGGAUGAUAGCCCUGUCCGUCACGCUGGGAUGUACGGAGUUCCUGAUGACAGGUCCAACACAUUCCAAGGUGGAUGCUAACAACAGCUUCAAGGGCUUCUUGCUGCUGGGUGGCUUCCUUGCCCUCGAUGGCUUGACAUCAACAUUCCAAGAGAAGCUCUUCAAGGAGCACAAGACGACCAAGUACAACCAGAUGCUGUACAUCAAUCUGCUUUCUGCCACUGUGUCAAUGGUCACGCUCUUGGUGACCGGAGAGCUGUGGCCAGCGGCAGCUUUCGGCUUCGCCCACCCGCGCUUCUGGUUGGACUGCGGCCUGUUGAGUGCAUCGGCGGUGGCAAGCCAGUUCUUCAUCUACUCGCAGAUUAAAGAGUUUGGCGCCUUGGUCUUUGCGGCCACGAUGAACGUUCGCCAGGUCGUGUCAAUCCUGGUGUCCUAUGUCAAGUAUCACAACCCGGUGACGCACUUGCAAGUUCUAGGCCUCUGCUUGAUCUUCUCUGCUCUUUUCUACAAGUCGAUUGCGGCCAUGAUGAACGCACCCAGCAAGGAAGAGAAGACGCCCAUUCUCGCAGAUCAGAAGGCUGUGGAGUCCCCACUGGGCGGAGGCGAUGCAGGUAAAGCCGUUUAG